AAUUGGGGUUUGCUCGUUUCGCUACCUUGUACCGCCCGCCGCAGGUUUUAACGUGUAGCGGCUGCCAUGACAGCUUCCAGCUCGAGUGAAAGAAAACUUUAAAGCAAAUGUGUGCAAGCUGUGGUUAUUCUUCUGUGUGAGAUCAAAGCGGACGUGUGGACGUUUAGGGGACGCAGACCGACAGAGGGGAGUGGAGCAGCACGUUACACUAAAAUGGCAACCCCGUAUGUCACAGAUGAAUCUGGUAAAUAUAUCGCUGCUACCCAGCGGCCUGAUGGGACCUGGAGGAAGCCAAGGCGUGUGAAGGAUGGCUACGUGCCCCAGGAGGAGGUCCCUGUGUAUGAAAACAAAUACGUGAAGUUUUUCAAAAGCAAGCCAGACCUGCCUCCAGGCCUGAGCCCAUCCGAGGCAGCCCCCUCCCAGCAGCAGCAGAAGAUCCCCGGCUGCGGCGACGGCGAAGCGGCUGGUCUUUCAAAGUCGGCCAAACGCAACAUGAAACGUAAAGAGAAACGAAAACAGCAGCAGCACCUGCAGGACCAGGACGGCGACACAGAGGUGGAGUCUGUGAGCAGUGCUGUGGAGAAUGUGUCCAUCUCAGAAGGAGGCGGGUCUGAGAACCAGACGUCUGUCUCCCCUGCUGAUGACUCGUCAGCAGCAGGUGCCGAAAAGGCCAAGAAGAUAAAAAAUGUGAGAAAGAAGCUGCGGCAGGUGGAGGAGCUGCAGCAGAAAGUGGACUCGGGGGAAAUAAAGCAGCCAACAAAAGAACAGCUGGAGAAGCUGGCCCGGGCCGGGCUCUUACAUGAAGAGUUAGAGCAGCUGGAGCGGCAUUCCUGAGACCGUAAGGAAUGCGACACGAGUCAGCCUGAACAUUUACAGGAAACGGACCUUUGUAGCUGUCAGAUCAUCACUCCCAUAUGUUCCACCAACUGACUAUCAUCAUGAACAACGGAAGCAACCAGAACCUGAUGUUUGUGUAGCAGCAACUCCACAUCAGACAGGCCUUGUGUUGCUUUUCAAACCCUAACAUUGUGAUUCCUGCAGUUGUAUCAGCCAAGUCAGGUUAGACACAUCCGACUCUUGUGACUUGUUUCCUGUGCACCUGUUUUCAUUUUGUAUUUUUAACACAAUCAGGAAACAAGUUAGAAAAACAUAAAAUCCUAUUCUGUCAAACUGAGGGUAGUUGCUCUCUUUCCUUAUUUUUACUUCAGCUAAUUUCCUCACCUGUUGUUUGGUCCGAGUCACUUCAUUAACUUGUAUUUUUAUGUGUAGCUUAAAUUCGAAAAGAGAAGAAAAAAAAACAGUAAAUGACCUGCAUUUAUAUCCUACUAGAGUUGUACAGCUCCCCAAAGCGCUUUACGACUAACCCAGUCAUCCACCCAUCCAUACGCUGGUGGUGAUGAGCUGCAUCGUAGCCACAGCUGCCCUCUGCCUCGCUGACAGGGUGAAGUGUUUCACCCAAGGACACGACGACGGUCAGACUGAGUGGGGCUCAAACCUGCAACCCUCAGGGUGGGAAUUUACCUCCUCUGCCACAGUCAAACACACAAAUGAAACAUGGUGUGUUACCAACCAGGUGGGAGUGUUCAGUCAGCUGAUUGGUACGGUUUCCUGGGGGCGGGGCUGUUAGAUGUCUGUGUGCCCUCCUUUAUCCCAGAAUGCACCACAGCCCUAGCUGUGGUGGGGUCUGACCCUGCGCAGCACACCGAGGGGGAGACGAUUUAACGGUCCUACACAGCAGGUGUGAAUAUUGUUAAUAUUGCCUCUUGUCAUACAGAUUUGUACUGCAUUAAAAUACAAGCUGCUUUA